AUGGCCCAGUCCCCGGAAACUGUACCCAGGGUCUCCAAGUGGCUUGCUCAGGUGGACUUCUUUGAAUGUGGGUGGGACCUGGAGUCACCCUGCUUUCUCUUUGCUUCUUCUUCACCUCAGAUUCACUGCAUCAGCACCGUGUUUGUUCCUUCCAAGACGGGUGGAGAGAAAGGUGUCCCCUUCCACCUCCAGAUCCACACCUUCAAGGCCAGCGACAGCGCACCUGCACUCAGCCAGCUGCCUCACCAAAGUGUUCAAGUGUUGACUGUGCCCAGAUCCCAGUGCAGGGCCCGACUAGCCUCUCAGCCCUCUUGCUCUGACCUCUCCGCACUCGGGCAAGCUCCUGUCCCCAGAGAGGACCUGAACCCUGGGGCCUCCAUCCUAGCCCCGCAGCAGUGGUUGCAUCAGCACCUGUCCUCCAGCUACUGCGAGAUGCUGACCAACUUCACUGGCCUCUUUCCGCAGUGUGGCCCUGACUCUGCAGGCACUGAUCUGCUGAAGCUUACCCGCCAGGAUCUCGUCCAGAUCUGCCGGGCUUCGGAUGGGAUCUGCCCUCUCAGUGCUCUUCGAGCCAAUGCUCUUCCUGCUGGGCACUUUCUCUCUGUAGCUGUGUUUACCAGCUCAGCUAAUGGUUGUGACUCGUGGCAUAGUCAAGCUGUAAGGCUUUUAUCAAGAGAUCUCGCUAUGAACUCAGCGCUGUGCAGCUGUCUGUGAAGCUGGCUGAGUUCUUGGCCCUCCCAGCCAAUCAGAUCUGCUGCCCUACCCUGGGGGCGUCUUUGUUCUCCUCAGUGACCAGGUAAGGGAGCCCCGGCUCUCUGCCAGGCCCCACAGGGGCCUUGAUCACUGUCCCACCGGAAGUCGCGUGCCCUUCUCCCUGCCCUGGCUUUUUCUGUUUGGCUCGAAAAUGACCCCUUCUCCCUGGCAGGUGGUUCAGAAUCUUGAGAAUGAGUCAUACUUUGUGGCUGUGGGGAACAAAGGUAGGGGUUUUAGAGGAGAAAGAAGUCUAGCAGGCCCUAGAAAGGGCAAGAUUGUGUUUAUUUUGUCUCCUAAAUGGGACUAAAAGAUGCUGUGAAGGUGUGUGUUCACGGGGGGUGGGGUGGGGCUUGUGCCAUUUUCCAGUCAGCUGGUAAACAUCUGAAUGCCCGUUUUGUUGGUGUCAAAGGGACAGAUCCCUGUGGCUGCAAGGCUGUUUGCCACUCAGGGAGAAAACGUCCCAGUUUCUAGGCCAUGGAAUAGAACAGAGAGGAAGGUAAGGCCCCCCCCUCUUUUCUGCCCCCGCCCCCCAUCCUGCAAGACAGAAGAUGCUUGCUGGACAUCACCUGGCACAGAGCACCUCUGACCGGCUGCCCUGGGGUCUCAUUAUUCAGAGAUGCCUGCCCUCUAUCCCUCCUACAGCACAGAGGGAGGCUUCCUCAAGUUGGGGGAGGGAGAACACCCGGGUGUGGGAGGUGCACUGCCCGCUGCUUGGUUUGGGAGCAGGAGAGAAGCUGUGGUUGGCUUGUCUCACCCCAGUGGUGCCCUUCCCUUCUCACGGCUUUCAGUGCAGAAUCCAGACGGCUACUUCCUGGUUCUUACCUAGGCCCAGGGGCACACGGCUGCAAGAGCCGGAGACUGACGCCAGCCUGGUUCUUGGGGGCCUCACAUUCACCAGAAGCCUUGUUUAAAUCCUCAGCAGUUUCAUCGGGCUCAAGGUGAAGCAUCAUGUCCAACCACUAGAGAGGAGUGGAGCAGCCCCCAGGCCCGCCUCUCUGUUCUGCUGGCCAAGGCCGUGAGGCACAGAACCUACCCUGUGGAGAAGGUGCCUUUGCCCCAAGCAGAGCCGCCCGAAUACUGGGUGCAGGGGUUCAGGUUUAAAAUUGUAUUCUCCCUUCGCUUUUCUUAAAAUUAAGUUAAUUUAAAAAGA